AUGGAAAAUUUUCAAUCAAAAAAGGCUGUGGUGGUACAAGGACAGCUUUCAGAGACGACUGUUAUUGACGAGGAAUCGAGAAGCAAAGAGCAAUGUUCUAGUAGUAAUAACAAUUCACUACAACCUUUGCCUUCCCCCUUGGAUGACAAUGAAAUUAAAAAAUCAAUUCAAUUUUCUGUUUGUUGUUGUGCUUUCUUUCAUGGAUUUUCUGAAAUUGAUCGAGGAAGUAUUGAUGCCUUAACUAAAAUUUUGGAUGGAAAAUUGAAUAAAAUGUGUGAACAACUUAAAAUGUUGGGAAAUCGACUGAAACAAGGAAAGCCUUCAGCGGAAUUUAAGAAUCCAGUCCAUCAAGUUCUAAAAAUGCAUUUAUUGCCAGUCCAAACUUUGUUUGAUUUUUAUCGUUCUCGAGUACUUGCUCCCUUUGAAUUACUUUCAAAACAAUUUAAAGAAAAGAAAAUGUUGGAGGAAAAUAAAAAUGAUGAGAAAAAACAACAAAAAAGGAAAAGAAAAAGAGGUAAAGAUUUUGAAAAAUAA